GUAGGCACUUGAGUUAGAGCACCAAAACCAACCAUGAAGCUUCUAGUUCUGCUAGCCGUCGUCUGCGCCGCCAGCGCCACUACCCCGAGGUGGCCACGACUUCCCGAAGGAUGGGCUCCCCCGGACACGAAGAUUGUCGGCGGCGAGAAUGCGGACAUUACGGAAUACCCACACCAGGUUGCUAUGUACUUCGGUGGAUCCUUUAGAUGUGGAGGCUCCAUUAUUGGCCCACACACCAUUCUGACUGCUGCUCACUGCGUCUCUGGAUUGGAAAACUACCCCAGUUCCUUCUAUAUCAAACAUGGUGUCACCGAUAUUAGAAACAAUGGAAAUACGCCAGGCGUGAGAAAGAUUCACACGCACGGUUCGUACGGCGAUUAUAAUGGUAUGGAUAACGACGUCGCUACCAUGAUUCUGAGCUCCACCAUUUCAUAUUCUGAAACCGCCAGUCCCAUAGGUUUGGCAGGAACAAACAGCGGAAGUUACGCCGGAGAAGACGCCAUGGUUUCUGGCUGGGGUUCCGUCCGAGAAGGUGGAUAUAUAUCCAACAUCCUCCAGGCUGUGCAAGUACCCGUGAUCACUAACGCACUUUGCAAGAAACAGUACGGAUCAUCUUCUAUUACCGACGACAUGCUGUGUGCGGGAUACCCAGAAGGUGGUAAAGACGCCUGCCAGGGUGACUCCGGCGGACCAAUGAUUUCCAAGAACGGAGGGCAGCAGAUUGGUGUGGUUUCCUGGGGCAGGGGCUGUGCGCGUCCAGGCUACGCUGGUGUUUACGCUCGAGUCUCUACCUUCUAUGAAUGGAUCACGCUGCAUAUGAAUUAGAAUGACUAAACAGAAGCGAAUGGACAAGACACGAAUAUGAAUUUACAAUAUCACGUUAUUCAUCAGACACUUUAAUCACGUUUUGGUUUACCUACAUUUAUUUUCUUCAGCUGAUAUAAUGAUUUUGAUGCCAUCUGUGAUGUAGCGAGAUUCGCAGUUCUUUCUUUGAAAAGUUACAAAUGUCUAAAAUAUUGAUGUGAUUGAUGUAAUUAAUAAAAGUGAUCGUGCAAAAUUA